AAUGGUCUCACAAGUGAAUUGUUUUCUUUUAUUUUGUGUGUUUUUAUUUUUAUUGUGCUGCCGUGAAAAAAUAAAUUUCGCCUACAAAUCCUUGGCAAAAAGUAACAUUAGAUUUUGAUCAACAGAACGACACCUUAGAUAUACGCCCACUCACACCAGCUCUGCAACAAAAAGCCAUAGCCGAACUCAAUGAGAAUCCCGCUAGAAUUUCUGAAGAUUUGAAAACUUUCAAAGAAUGGAUUUUAAAACAACCACACAUUAGAUCACGCAUGGACAAUCAAUUUUUGAUAGCAUUUUUGCGUGGCUGUAAAUACAGUUUGGAAAAGGCCAAAAAGAAACUGGAUGGUUUCUAUACAAUGCGCUCUAAUUUUCCAGAUUUAUUUUCAUCGUUUGUGGAUGAACAAACAGCUCGAGCAAUUAUGAGAAUGAGCAUUGGCGCCCACUUACCACUGCCUUUGGGAGAGGAUGGUCCACGUAUUGUCCUCAUGCGCCCCGGACAUUACGAUCCCGAUGUCAUAUCUAUGUAUGAAAUUAUGAAGAUGGACGUUUUGGUCAACGAUUGGUUAAUGCUUGAAGAUGACCACUGUGUAGUGAGUGGUUUUGUACAUAUCAUAGACUUUGCUAACUUCUCGGCCAAGCAUAUGUUGCAAUUUCAGCCAGCUCGUAUGAAACGCAUUGUCUAUUAUAGUGAGGAGGCAUUACCAAUACGGGUCAAAGCUUCGCAUUUGUUUAAUACCGGUUCGACAUUUGAAACGAUAUUUGGUCUGAUGAAACCAUUGCUGCCGGAUAAAGUUAAAGAGAGGAUGAUUGUCCACCCAAAUAUGGAAUCGGUUUAUGAAAAAGUUCCUUUGAAAUAUUUCCCCAAGGAGUAUGGUGGUGAAAAUAGCAGCAUUGAUGAAAUUAUAGCUGCUGGUGAGGCAAUGUACAUUAAAUAUAGAGAAUAUAUGGCCGAAGAGAAAUUAUAUGGUACCGAUGAAAAAUUGCGUCCUGGGAAACCAAUUGAUUUUGAGUCAAUUUUUGGUUUAGAUGGUUCCUUCCGUAAGUUGGAAGUUGAUUAAAAUAUGCAUCUACAUGCACCCUAGAUAAUGAGAGACAUUAAGGGCCGGUUUCUCGUAGUAAAAUAAAGUUUGUAAUAACUAACCGGUACAUUAAUUUGUCGUGGAACUUUUUACAUUUCAAGAUCAUUUGUAAAUUUCUUCACGAUUCUGGUAACUGGGUAAAAUCUCCCGUUUGUAGUUGCAAGUACAUUAGAAAAUUAUAAAAAUUUAGUCAACUGUGUGAUAUAUCUUUCAAAAAUACCUAAUUUCUAAGGAUCUUUUUUAUUUUAUUUAACAUU